AUGAAAACAGGGAUUCUUGAAGUACUUCUUGUUAAUGCUAAAGGCAUUACACACACAAAUCUUGUUGGAACACCUUCCUACUAUGUGGUCAUUGAGUGUGGGACUCAAUCUCAAAGAAGCAAAGUUUCAUCAGGCAAACAUCAGAAACCAUGGUGGAAUGAGAAGUUCAUAUUUGAUUUCUCAUUGUGUGAUGAUUGCACGAACUCAACCCACAUUAAGUGUAGAAUCAUGGACACACAACUCUUCAGAGAUGGUGGAUUUGUUGGUGAAGCCAAGAUUUAUAUAGGUGGAAUAAUCAGUGAGGGAACUGACCAGGGAUGUAUAGAAAUAAAACCAGCAGCAUAUAGUGUGGUCCUUGAAGAUAACACCUACAGAGGACAGAUAAAGAUUGGAUUUAAAUUCAUAGCAAAUAAAGAAAAGCAUGUCAUGAGGAAACGUGGGUUCAUUGCCAAGGAAACAGAACCAAGCCAUUCAAUUUGUGGAACCAUUUGGAGAAUAUCAUGGUGGAAAAUAAGAUUAAGAGUGAAAGACAUUGUUAAGCUUUUGGACUCUGAUUAUCUGAUCUGUUUUUCACUUUUGAUUUUUGGGUCAUUCACGCAUGAAUGA